ACAAGCGCUACUCCACGAACCAGGUGCGCUUCGCCUUGAUCCGCGUUGUUGGGUGGGCGCACUUCAGCUUGAUUGGUGAUUCGACGCGCGUGUUCUGCUGGGGUGGUGACGGCGACGAUGACGACGACGACGUCUGAAAUGACGGUUGACUCGCGCACGUGUGUUCUUUGGAUUAUGAUUAAAUAGUGAAAAGUGGGCAGUGUUCUAGGAUUUUAGUUUGAAAUAGUGGAAAAGUAUGUGUGCGUUUGAAGCGAUCUCUGUUAACAGGUUGCCCGUUAUCGCUUGUUUUUUUGGGGGUCAGUGCAGCAAUCAGUGGUAAAGAAAAUUGUCGGAAGGAAUAGUUGAAUUGGAGAGAUAAAUACGACCCAAAACAGUGAAGAAAUUAUUGAAUAAUAGGAAGGCUUCUUUAAAUACCGCUGAAUGGAGCCAACCUGAUUCAAUCAAGCUACCGGCUAGAGUGAGACGAAUCGAAUUGGGUGUGGUCCCAACAUUCCGAGAAUCCGUCGAUAAUGUGCGAAUUUAGGAAGAAAGAGGUAGCUUAACAAGUGUGAAAAAAAAAAAUUAAAAAAUCACUGUGGUAGAUGUUAAUCUGUGUGUUUCCUAUUUCACGUUCCUGUUGUGCAUAGUGAAUGUAGUUUGUGUGUGUGUGUAUUUCCUUACAAUUAAUAGAUCAAAAUCGAUAAUUACGCUUGGCUAGCGCUGAUGGAAAUAUAGGUUAUGAUAAGUGUGUUAUGAAUAGCACCCGCGAUAGCCGUUUUUCCUUUUGUCUUGAAAACGACGCGAGGCGGCGAUAAUUUGGAUGUGCACCCCUGUCGGCAGCCCGUUCCGAGUGAUUUCUGUGAUGAACGGAUGGAAGAAAAAUAGAAGCGUAAAAAAAUGGCAAGCUCCAUGAUUGUAAAGUGUGUACACCUAUUGGAAAAUAAUUAGCACCGCCAGUGGAAAGCAGAAGAAGUUACGCGCCAAAAAGAAAAUACCCGUCAGAAGAAAAGCCCGUUUUCGACCAUCGAUUGUGCUAUAUCAUAUCCACACACAUACACCUCGCAGUGACUGGAGCGGAGCGCGAGGGUUUUGUUUUUGAAUCUGGAACGAGCGUAGAUUAGCCAACCAACGGAAACUCACGCCUGGAUUUGUGAGUGCGAGACGACCUCCGAACGGAGCAGUUUGGUUGGAAGAUUGCUGUGUAGAAGCGGAUGCCAACUUGAAUCGAUUGGGGGGAAACACUUGCAAUGGCUUACGUCGUGUGGCGGGUGUUGGUCAAGCAGUACUCCAAGGUACGCCUUGGAGUUCAACGGAAUCCUUCGCUGGAUGAUGAUGUGACUCCCACGGCUCGUCGCGCCAAGUCCUUCGACGAUAACGCGUGGAAAAACCAGCACGACGACGAAUCAUUGAACCUUCCCUCGAAUAUUUCGGCCGUAUCGUCAGUAGCGCUUUCCUCGGGCCGUCACGGUCAUCGAUCGAUAGAAUCUGACCCCAGCUCGAGCAUCACCGCUGGGAACGCUGUCAGUUGCGGGGGAGGCUUGGACGAUAUUCUAGUAAUCGAAAGCGGUGAAAGCGAUCAUCACCAGCAUCAUCAUCAUCAUCACUAUUCCCACUGUGGAACGCUAAGUCGCGGGGAGGUACGCAAGAGCCGCUCCAAGAUGAAAAGCUACCUAAAAAGGUGCAAGGAAGCCCUAAUCGGGAGCCAAUCGAGCGAGGACACAUGUCCAAUCACACAUCACGAAGCGGUGGUUCAACAUCAACAGCAGCAGCAGCUUCAGCAACCACCGGCAGUUCAGAUCCCCACGGCCAAUUGGUAUCUGGAUGAUCAGCUGUGCGAGAUCCGACCGGAAGAUAACCGAGAACCGUACUCGACGUUUGCGUCCGCUCGGCUCAAGGAGCAACUGGAAAGCGACGAGCAGAAGCAAAAGUUGCAACUGCAAUUGGGUCAUGAGAAUAGUGCUGGGACGACGACGACGACACCACCCGAACCGGGGGUCCAAUCCCAGGAUGAUGAUCCAUUAGAUUCCGUGAAUGAAAGUGGCGCCGCUGGCGGUCUCGUUGCGCAGGGAUCAGAGGCCCGUCCCCUGACGAUGCCGCCGGUGGACAACAACAAUUUAUCAUCGAACGGUAUUGAGAAGCUGAUAGACCAGCACUUUGGGCCACUGUAUCCCGAUUACGCGGACCACACACGGCCGGUGCUGAUCCGACAGGCGCGGGAUCUGCUAGUAUGCACCUUCCACGGCGAUCUGGAGCGUUUCGAGGCUGGUUUCCUGCGACCGGCGGCAGCAAUCGUGAGCGGACUGCGGAGCGUCUAUCUUCAAGGACAGCUGAUCCACGUAAGUGACAAAUUGAAGGGUUUGGAAUGUGGAAAGGACGGAAUCGAUAGCCUGGAACGGUUAAUUUAUUGA